AUGAGUACACUAAGGCAAAAGAUUCGAAACGUUUUCUCCUGGCAGCAUGACGAUUAUAGUUUUGAACCAGUGACAGAAUUGGCGCGGCCCAGUGAUCCACCCAGUGAACCGGCCAAAUCAACGAAAACGAGUCGUUUUUUAAAAGGAUCCUCCACAAAGCCUACGGCUACGCCCACGAAAGGUGUGGGCAAUCGAACGGCAAAAAUCAAUAAAAAGCGAUUAAACCAGAUAAAUAUUGCGCGAAACUCGUCGAUCACUUCGGCACAGUUAAACGCCGCCGUACCGUUGGUGAACAUACGGCGUGCACCGUCGGAUAGAUCUGUGCUAUCGGAAAUCGACCGCCAGAUAGUGCCGCGUCAGCCAGCUUCAGGUGCAAGCAAAUUAUUUAGCCGUCCGAUAACAGUGGCCGGUGGCACGGCCGCUCUUUCAAUCAUAUCGGACCGUUCGCUGACAUCCAAAGCAUCGUCGAGCCGUGCAUCUUCAUCGGUGCCUUCCACAUUGACGAGCACGUCGCAGAAGGAUAUUGUGGUGGUAAGAAAAGCUCCACCGGCACCACCAGAUAGUGGACGAUUGUUUCAGCGUGCGUCAAAGAAGCCACAGGCACCAUCAUCAUCAGAAGCAGUAGUAGCACCUGCCGCAGAUCGGUCUUCGAUUAAACGAAAACCGCUGCUGAGUGGAUUCGGUCGACAGAGAGGGCAAGGUCCAUCGGGCCCGAAACAUCAGUCACAACAGCAGCCGGUAUCGUCCGUUAGUGUUGCUGCGGCUGGUUCUGGGCAUGCGGAAGGUGUCGCCGGUACCGGCAGUCUGUCUGUAAACGGAGGUGGAGGAGGCGGGUUGCUGAAGAGUGCUGCAUCUGUCUCGAGUCUAGAGUAUCCGGUGGUUUCGAAACCGGCCCAAUCUGCACGUGGCACCGGACAGCAGCGUUUCAACGGGUCGAAGGAAAAGCUGGACCACGCUCACCAUCAUCACCUGCAUCACGAUCAUCAGCCGCAGCUUCACACGCGGCAGCACCAGCAGCACCAACACCACCACCAUCAUCAUCCCCAGACCAUCCAGCAACACAGUCGAACGGCUUCGGCACAGAUGGCGCAAAUGGCGACCGUGUCGACGAAUCACUUGAACAAAUUUCCGGCCUCGGUUAGCGAUGACGGGGUGUUGCUAAACGAACGCGCCGUUGACGUCGUAGCGGGCAGCGGGCUAAGCUCGAGCAUGGAACAGCUAACCGCUAUCAGUUUCGUCGGUCCGGAGAAGGCGAAACAGCCAUCACCGAGCAAGGGUCGGAUGGCCGAACUGCAGAUGCAUCUCGAGAAGCUGCGGUCCGAAAACCGUCAGCUAGAGAAGAAGGUGCACGAGAUGACGAGCUGUCAGGAGGAGCUGUUGCUGUUGCGUGACGAAAUGGUGAAGCUAAAGGCAUCACACGAGCAGAGCAAUGGCGAGCUGCACCGGCUGCUGAACGAGAACGAAUCCCUCCGGGAUCGGUUGAAAACCGUCGUCCAGUCGCCGCUAUCCGAUUCGGAAAAGCAGCAGCUCAUACGCAACACGCAGCGGUUGCACAGUUCCGCACCGGCAUCGAUCGCGCUUCCGAAUAACAUGGAUGCUGAAGGAACACCUUGCGUUACGCCCGACUGGGACAAACAAUCGUCUAGCAGCGAAAUAGCGGUGGCGUGUUUGCAAGAUAAAAUUAUUCAGAUGGAGGAAACCCAUUAUUCAACGAACGAGGAGUUACAGGCAACGCUACAAGAACUAGCCGAUUUACAGACGCAAAUAAUGGAACUACAAUCGGACAAUGAACGGCUCGUAGAGGAGAAGGAUGUCAUCUUUCAAUCGCUCUGCCGCCAGACGGAAAAACUCGAAGACACCCGCACCCAGAUCGGAACGCUCCAGAAGCUACUGUUACGCGAACCAAGCCAGCAAGAUGUGACACCGACGGAUCGCGAGCAGAAGCUGGUCGAUCUGCUCAAGACAGCCCAGGACGAACGGGAAUGCUUGAUGCUGAAACAGGAAGAGCUAAAUGGUGAGCUGAACGAGCUGAAGAGUAUCCUAGAGGAGCGUAGUGGCGAUGUAUCACGGGCCCGUGCUCGUAUCAGUAUGCUGGAAUCGUCACUGGACGCGGCAAACGCCGAGAGGAAGGAUGCCAACGCUCAGCUGAUGGAAUCGAAGGAAGAUGCAUCGGUAAAGCUGAUUGAGAUUAGCCGAUUGACAACGCUGCUCGAGAAUGCGCGGGCCAAAAUCGAUGAGCUCGAGCAGGACCGGGCAAUGGGUGACAAGACGGACCUGGAGGAGUUGCUGGAUGUUGCGCGGAAGGAGAAGGAUCAGCUCGAAACGCAGGUUGCAUCGCUGCAGGAGCAGCUGUCGAUCGGUCAGUGCGAAAUUCAGAAGCUCAAAGAUCAACUGGCACGGCUAAACGAGGAAUGCAAAGUCGUGCGCAAUAACGCCAAAUGUGUCAUCUCGGACUUGGAGUACAAGCAUGAAACCGUCACGCAGGAAAAGCAAAAGAUGGCAACCGAUUUCCAACAGCUGCAGGAAUCGAUCAAUGAACUACAGGUUCAAAACAAAUGCCUCCUGGAGGACAAAUCCCAGCUGGAAACGCUGCUGUCGGAGACGCAGAAGCAUCUCGGUGAAACCGAACGACAGCUGAUGGAAAAGACUGAGGAACUAAACCAAGAAACUAGGCUUAGAAAGCAGGAAGCGGACGAGUGGGAACAUUUCCAGUCGGACCUACUGAUGACGGUACGGGUGGCGAACGAUUUUAAGACUGAAGCACAAAACGCGCGCGAAAAGCUUGCCCUCGACAAUAAGGCACUGCGCGAGAAGGUGCGCGUGCUCGAGCAGCAGAUCGAACAAUUGAACAAACAAUCCUUAAAGGGUAUCGGCAAUGCGGACGAUGUUCUGUUGAGUUACGAGCGCUUGAACGUGCUUAAGCAAGAUCUGUACGCUUCGACCGAAAAUCUGAACACAUUCGAUCGCAAUGUGGACGAGUUUUCUCACCGUGUUCAGCUGCUACGUAAGCAGAUGUACAACUUUUCACUUGAUCGAAAACCAACCAGCGCCAGGCCCGAUACUUCUGGCCUUAAUGAUCCACCAAAGAAAAGCACUCUGGUGCUAUCACCUCCGUCACGCUCAAUUCAAGACUCCGAUUCCGAUGUGCCACCGCCGCUGCCUAAAACGAAACCUCCGAAACUAGUGGUCCGUUUCGCCGAUGAUCGAUCAAGUGUUGAUACGUUGGACAGCGUAGGAUACGACUACAGUACAAGUGAGUCUGAUCAAGAUGAUUCGGAUGUGAUGGUCGUUACAAAACGGAAAUCGACUCCAUUUGAGAAUAACCAUCGGGAUAAGACACCCUCCUCGGAAAGUAUCUCCGAAGGUAGCGUGACGGCUAGUGAGGACGAUCUUUCCCAAGAAGUAGGCGAAUAUCAAGCCAACCCUCCCGCAUUCCGUCCCAUAGCUGCAUCACAGAGUACCGAAAAUCUGUCCCACAGUCCGUACGCUUUGUUUAAGCCGAUUCCACGAUUUGCUUCAAAAAGUACACAGGACUUGAGUUCCACGGAGCGCACGGCCGAUGGUUUUUACACCCGGCAACACAAGCAUCGGCAUCGUGCGCUCAAUUCGCUAGACUUUGGUUCCGGGUUGUUCUACUCCAAGAGUACCGACGAUCUGAUCCUUCCCGAUAUCGAUGGAUUAACGCAGAAACCUCCAACGAACUUAAGUAAAUUUCGAAAAUUUCGAUACGAACGCUCGAUUAGUGGAUCGAGUUUAAAUAGCUUAGUGAAGCUGGAUCGUCAAGAACAGCAAAUGAGGCAGCAAGAAACCAUUUCUACCACCAUCAAACAAAACAGUAUAGAACGCAAAGAUGUAUUAAGCGAAUUGAAAAGCACACCACCAUCACUUACUACCUCGUCAAACACAGAUCUUCCGCAGCAAUCGAUGGCAACACUUCCGGAGCUUAAAAAUAAACAGGAAAUUCGUAAACCGCUUCCGCUUCCACGUGCAGACAGCGAACAGAACUUGGCGUCACAAAAGACGAUUGUGUACGUAAUUGAUGAGCAAACGAAUCAGUUCGUCCUGGAGGAAGAACUGCUCAGGCGCAGAGAAGAGCGCAAGAAGCGAGAAUCCGCCAGCAAUACUCCACCGAAACUGCCGGUAAAAAGCAAUACCAAAUUCAUUGCCAAUCGCAAGGCUCCUCCACCACCAACAGCAGCAGCUGUAGCAGCCGUUACGACAUCCGAAUCAUUGUACGAAAACCUUCCUUACCGCAGAAGUACUGUAAAAAAAAAUUAUUCCUUUGACCAUGAUGCUAUGUUAACAUCGAAAGAAACACAAUCACAGUCACUCAUCACAACUGUGCAGCAGGAAAUGGCCGUACGGCGGCAGCAAAAGUCCGCCAUCCAGCGGCAAGAUUCGAGACUGUCGGUAAAGAGUCUUAUUGAGAGUAUUGAAAAUUCAGCCAAACAGACCAAACUAAAUUCCGACUCACGAUGCAGUUCCAGUUCCAGCAUCAACAGCAUUCCAGCUGACGCUAAUCCCACCCUCUCUACGAAACAUUCCUCAAUUAGCAGUACGAACAAUAACAACACUAUUAACAACAAUGAACACGACAGUAUCAGUAACAGUAAUAGUAAGAGCCAUGUAAAUGGGAACAACAACGACGAAAACAACGUUAUCCAAAUUCCUGUCCAGCCAUCGGCUGUUGUGCAAUCUGGCGCAUUGCCAGCGAAAAGUCCGUUGAGGGAGCAACAGCAACCAACCGUAGGGAGUAAUGUGAACAGUAAUUCCAAGCCGAACGCUUCAGCAGACACAGUAAUGUUGAUGAAAAAAUCAAGUCUUAUCAGCAGCAACAAUGGCUGUAAUACGACACUAAACCCAGCAAUUAUUUCCCAUAAAACAAUGGACUAUGUGCGUCGAAAUAGCUACAACGACAUAAGUGAACGAAAAGAUCCGUUGAACGCGUUAGUAAAAAAUGGAGGCUCAAAACGCAAUGCACUGCUCAAGUGGUGCCAAAACAAAACGGUUGGAUAUCGGAAUAUUGACAUCACAAACUUUAGCUCCUCCUGGAACGACGGUCUGGCACUGUGUGCCAUCAUGCAUUCCUAUCUACCCGAUCGCAUUCCCUACGAUAAGCUGAACCAGAACGACAAACGGCGCAAUUUUAGUCUGGCGUUUACAGCAGCCGAAAGUGUUGGAAUUCAGACGUCUUUGAGCAUUGACGAGAUGUGCCUUCAGGAGCGACCGGACUGGCAGCAGGUGAUGGGCUACGUAACGGCCAUCUAUAAACAUUUUGAAACAUAAGACAA